GCGUCACCAUCCCUGGAGGUCUUUAAAAGAUGUUUAGGUGUAGAGCUCAGUGAUAUGGUUUAGUGGAGGACUGGUUAGUGUUAGGUCAGAGGCUGGACUUGGUGAUCUUGGAGGUCUCUUCCAACCUAGCUUGAUUAUGUGAUACAGGGGAUUGUGCCAUUUUAGCUCAGUUGUUCCAAAGAAGUUCCUUUUACCAAACCAGACAAGUGCAUAUACAACUGUGACCAUACACAUACAUGGCGUAUAUAUACAACUAAGGCCUACCCAUUUGACUAACCCUUAAUCAAACAGUUCCAUUAGAGCAAAGUCUCACUCUUGUAGGAUUGAGCUUUACAGAGUCAUUGCACACUAGGAAGUUCUCUCUAGAGUCAAAACUGCUGGGUCAUUAGCUGCUGUGACCAUUUAGUGUGUAGGUAUAAAAAAUAAACAGCUGUCCCCAGCUAGGAUUGCAAUUCUGUAUUUCAGUUUCUACAGAAAGAGACUGAUGCUCAAAGGUGCUAAGCAUGUAGCAGUUUAUGCUGGUCUCAGUAGGACACCCAGAUGCUGUAUUAAAAGUGAAAGGUUUCAGAAUCCCUAUUUGAAAUACAGUAAACCCAGUAAGCUCUGACAUUUGUUGUCCCAGUUCCUCUUUUCCCCGUGUCUGUUUUGCCUUUGAGGCAAUAAUGAAAGAAUUACUCUCUGUACUUCAGUUCAAUAGCAAAACUUAAGUAUGUCCCUUUGUUUCAGUUACUAAUAUAUUUCUCAAAUGAAGUGGGGAUUUCCCUUAGUUUCUGUUUUGUUUUCCUGUUUGAGAAUUUACAAAAACACCAGCUAUCCAUAUAUGAAAUGUUUUUUACUCACACCUGUUGUUUAAACUUGACAGGCACCAAGUCAUGUAGAAGCUUGUUAGAUCUCAUUACACCACUUGGAAAAAAAUGUUAUUAAGUAGAGCACAGCUUCCCCUUCAGCCUCAGUACUAAGCUUGAUCCUCUUCUGAUGCUUUCAUCAAUAUCAUGAAACCUUCCCACUACAAGAUUAUUGUUGCCAGAGACAAUGGCAUGAAACAAAUCCAGCUGAGUGGCAGACAUUAAAAUGAGGGUACAGGUAGUAAAACUGUUCUUUUUUUAUUGUUAAUCACACUUUGAAGUAUAACUGUAAGUUAAGUAUGUGUGUGUGCAGGUGUACAUGGCAUACACUGCCGUAUGCCAGAUAGUAUAUAUAGCACCUAAAACAGGGAACUGUUCUGUGCUGAUGGCAUGUUCUGAUUUAGUUCAAGGUCAAAGAAAAUAAAUUAUAGUAUUUCCAACUCAAGCAGUUGAUCAGUUUUUCCAAGUGGCAGGAGGGACAAACUAUCCCCCACUUGGUGCUUACUGCAGAAGUCAGUCAUCCCAGGUAGUUGUCUUCCCUCAAUAGUGAAGUUUCUAAAAUGGUCUUAGCUGUUUUGCAUAGCUCUGCAUGCAGAAGGAGGUACAAAAAUACCUACUUGAGUUUUUGCAGUGAUCCUGAUGCAGCACAAAUCUGUGCAAAAUCAAUUGACUUGAUGUACAGUUAUCUUACAUGUUUAAAAAGGAGUAGAAUAAAAUACCUUCUCACUGAUCUGUGUAGCAUUUAAUAAUUGUGCAUUUACAGAUCUACAGAGAAGCUCUUUCAAAACAUGUCUCAGCUUGGGAACAAUGAUAUGAAGUAAAAGAAUGGAGUCUGUAUGGUAUGCAUGGACUUGUUCCCGUAAGAAUAUGCAAGGCCAGUGCCAAAUGCCUCCACCCAAAUAUCUUAGAUGUUACUAAUUUGAUAAGAGUCUUUUUCCUGUUUUUGACUAGCCUAUGCAGUUUGAGUUAUCUGUGCUCAGUUCUCACGAAGAGUGUUUUUAGUGGCACAGGAGAUGUCUGCAGAGCAAAGAGCAAAAUGAAGGUGUAAUUGCAGCACAGGUAGGUGAAACCACACAAAAAUUGAUAGUCAUAGCAGUGAAUGUGUGGAAAAUGGGAUAGAAGCCAGCAUGCACAUAUAGCUAGAUGAGUGUUUUUUGUGAACUGCAGAGAAGCAUUUGCUUUUUACAGGUAAAAAUACAUGCUGUAUCUUCAAAUAAGGGAGGGUUUGGAAAAAUUGCUAGAACAGAUACUGAGAAAAAUCAACUCUUCCGUCUAGAAGGACAGAUAAAGAUAGUAAAUGCAAGUCAGGACUGUGUUGUUCAUACAGGGAUGUGUAUGACAAUUCAUGUAGAUCUGGAAACAUUUUUUCCUCCUGUUGCUCUGUUUGACAAAGGAAUUGUGCCUGUUCUUCCUUACUUGUAGAUACGUGCUGUGGAGGUGGCACUCGACCAUGGCACUUGAGCAUGACUGAAUGGUCAGCUGCUCUCCCCAGUAAGUCAGGCAAUGUAAGGCAGUCACAGUUCUCACUGCCACGCUUCUUCAUGCAUAGUUGUCUGGGACUUGUUCAUUUUAUUGAGGUUUUUAUUUUGUGGAGGAGUGGAGAAGAAGUACUUAUUACCCAAUUGUGAGGAGAUCCUUUUAGAGCAAGCUGGAAAGCUUUCCUAAGUGCAUGUACUUUAUAAUUGUUUAUUUGGGCAUUUUGAGAAUCAGAAUCAUACUUUAGGGUUAAUAUGCUUAAUUCUUCAGGUGUUUUACACCUUCUGUGGGUGUUUUUUUGUUUUUUUUUUUUUUGUUUGUUUUUUUUUUUAAGCAACCUAUUUCAGUUUGAAAAGGUAUGUCUGGAAAAGUUGAAGGCAGUGAUGCUGUCUGGUACCCAUUGCAUUCAUGUGGACAGUGGUCAUGAAAGACAAUGUUUUCCAUGGUAUAUUGUAUGUCUACCCAUAGAGUGGAGAGAGAAGCUGGAGAGGGUUAAAAGAUUAUACACAGCAACUGAAUUUUUAAUGAUAAAUGUGAAGUCAUUCUCAGGGAUGAAAUUGUUUAUUCCUCUCUGGAGGAGAACUUCAGGAAAAACAGGAAACAAUUCUAUGUGGUUUCUUGUGUUGUUUUUUGUUGUUGUUGUUGCUGUUGUCAUUGUUUUUUUUACACUGAUAUUUUUCCCAAAUGUUCCUUCAUUGCUUAUUUUCAGCUGAUGACAAUUUUUUUUCCUCUGAGUCCCAAGAGGUUUAAAGCAGGCUUUGAAUUGCAAGUAUGAGGAAAUCACCCCUGAGAAACUGGAGCUUCAAAACUAAUGUUUCUGCUAAGAAGAAAGAAAAAGAAAUGUGUGUGCCCUUUGGAUGGUCUGUAAUUCCAGCACAGCCUUUUCAGCAUUCCUUUCCCUGACAUGCGAAGUAUUUCCCAGGCUCCAUCCUGUUUCUAGGAUCUCUGUCAGACUGCAUGCAACUCAUAAAACAAAGGAAGUAGCAAUGUGGCACUAUAAAACUUUCAUUUUCUAUUUUAUUGAAAGUAAAUAAUUCCCAAGUGACACAUCCUCAGCGCACAGAAAAAUUGAGUACAUUAAGGAGAGUUACAUUUCUUUUAUGGUGUGUGUAAAAGGCAAACAACAACAAAAAGCAGUGGCCAACCUGUAGUACUGUGUAUAAGUCCAGGUGUAUGAGUGCUGCUUAGAAGGCAGGACCAGUCACCGGGCUCCUGGUUGGGCUUGGGGACCACCACUGCUGCUGCUUUGUUUGUUUGUGAUGGGGACAUUGGGUACGGCAGAGCUGUGCUGCUGGUCUGAUGAUAGCAUGAUCAGUGCUACUAACUGAACUCCUCAAGGAAUAAAGAUAAAUGUCUGAAUCAUAGUUCAAACACAGCUGAAGAUAAGCACAUUGGUCUCUGUGUCUAAAAACCCCAUGUUUUUAAUGCUAUUUUUUCUCUUGCUUCAGACAUCUUUUGAAUGUUUCAAGAUUUGUUCCUGAUUAAUGUUUGUGGGCUAAGUUGUUGGAGAAUUCACCAACUCAUGAUCUUAGUUGAAUAAAAAAAAAAAAAAGCUCAGAGAAGACUUUUAAUCUUAGCAUCAAACUGUAAGUACACACCUAUUUACAUAUGUGUUCAGGAAGAGAUGCCUGGUUUUUGGCUGGGUCUAACUGUUUUCGUGUUAAGGUAAUGGUACAUGUACUGUAAUCAGGCAGUUGUUACCUUACUUUGUAAACAAAUAAUAUCCCGAGAACUGCUUACUGACCAAGAGCAAGCAAAUAAUGUAAAUGGGUGAGGACUCUAUAAGAGCAACUCUGUUCUUUAAGACCAUGACAACCACGAGAGAUCCAACUAGUGGAACUGUCCCUUUUGCUAGGUGGUUAAACUAAUAAAGUUUCUUACUGCCAUCUGCUGUAUGAAUGCGUCAAAACAGAGGGAAAUAAAAAUUGUCUUGGUUCUCAAAUAAAUGAAAAUGCUUCUGAAAAAGAGAGAAAUCAGAGCUUGAUUUCUGUCUAUACCUAAUGUUCCUCUUAUUUGUCAUCUUUACAGAGUUAGAUUUUUUUAAAAUCAUCUUUAGAAACAUUAUAUGAUCAAGGGAAUCAUUAUCCCUUGACUUUGUAUCUUCCAUCAACAUCAACUUCACCUAUAUCUCUGUACGUGUAUAUAGAUGACUUAUUUAAUUGCUGCUUUCCUGUUUUUCUUCAUUUUAUCGGACACAAAUGCAGAUUAAUUUUUUGACAAUUUUAGGUUUUGCCUGCUAUUUUCCAUGUGAUUCAGUAUUUUUAGAUCUAGAAGUUAAUAGUUUAAGUCUUUACAAAACUUAAAAUCUCAGGAGAUUAAUGAAAAAUUUCUAUUGCUAUUAGUGAGUGUAGAGACUUGUCAACACCUUAGAACGUUACCAAGAUACAACAGAUAAGGGCAGGCCAUCUUGUGCUUCUGGAUUUAAUGCAAAACUGCACUAAAGCAAUCAGAAUAAUGACAAGAUCUAUUUCUGGCUUAGGCAUAUUCAAAAGUGUGGUGUCAAAGUUUUCCUGCUAAGCAGGUUAAUUAAGAAUUAAGAGAAUCAUCCUGCUGCAAAAUGCUAUCUGGGACAUUUUUGCUGGGUGCAGCAAAAAUGAUUUACUAGAAAGCAAAUACAGCAUCUUGGACCAUUUGAGUAUGAAUUUGUACCAUGAUAAACAACUGCAUUUUACUGAGAAACAGUAAUGAGAAUAAAUGCCUGCAGUGAAGUGUGGAUUAUCUGGUGUACAUUUGACUUCAUACAUGAAAGCUAUUUAGCCUGACUUCUUGCAGCAUUCUGCGUUUUUUUGAGAUCAGCAGACGUGAAGAAGGAUAUCAUAUGCCUUAGGUUAGCAUCUCAGAAAUUUCUUAUAGCAUAACGUAUGCAGAGUUCUAGGACAGGUUACCCACUUUUGCUUACAACUCCUUUUUUUUUUUUGUUUUUUUUUUUUCCAUUUAUAAGCAUUUUUAUUUGUUGUCAACAUUUAUAACAUUCAGGGAGUGGUCCUAUUAAAGAUUGUUAGCUGAUGUUCAACAAUCCUGUAACAGGUAUAUGUGUCUUUUAUUGUCUUGAUACUCCAGAAAAGCUCCACGAGAGAAAUGGCAAAGCAAUGCACAAUCCACUAAACUGGAUGCUGGGUUUGCAGCACAAGGACUUUUCUGCAUUGCUAUGUAAUGGUAAUCCUGGUCAAUCUAGUUUGUAUUUGCAAGGUUUAAGGUCUUAUAACAGUCUAGUUAAAGGCAUUCUCUUAAAAGGACUCACUUUGAACAGCUGAAACCAAAGGUCACUCUGAUCAUCACUCCGAUCAUUUCUCAGCUGUUUGUACACCUCUGCAUUUUCCGAAGUAUGUCAGGGGCCCAGCUACUUUCAGUAUCAGCCUAAGGAUUUUCUACACAUCAUGGACAAUAUCGUAUAACAUCAUGGGAAUUUGGGACUAUAUUGUAUAAAUCAGUCCCUCACUCCUUCCCUAUUGCAUUUGACUCUUGGUCUGGGUAGUCUACUAUUGUAAAGAGCAGUAAUAAGUGAUUUAAAAAAAAAGACUGAAAUGUUAAUUGAAGGAGGGAACCUAACAUCAUCUGCUGUAAUUAGUAAUUUCACAGCACUGUUGUAUAGGAAGGUAUAUGACUGAGUAUCUUCAUGCUAACAAAGAUGUUUUGAUAACUUGGUUAGAGAUGUGGACUAACAAUUCCACAAACACUGUUGAGUGGUUAUGGAUUUGCCUUUGCACUAGGCAUUUAAACUCCCCUUAAUUGCUAAUGAAGGGCUCCUCUGAGGAUCCCAAAUCUGCAGACUCAUCCACUUGGCAAAACUCAUAAGAGGCCUGGUUAUUGGACGGGGCUUGCAUCUAGCUGAUAUGUACAAUAUAUCAAUCACAAGCUGCUGAUACACUGAAAAUCCUCCUGCUUUCGUGAGUAAUAAAUAAUAUGAUUUGGUCACCAUUUGGUCCAAUUUGCUAUUAAGACAACAUUCAGAUCAUUAGAAAGACAGCUAUUAAAAGUUUAUUGGCAAGCAGUAUGGAACAAGUUUAGAGGAAACUUGUCUGAAAUACUUUAAAAGUGUAAUUUGGAGGACACUUGGCAUGUCUCUCUAGUCUUUGAGCAACUACAUCGAAAACCCAGCUCUCAAUGCUGUUAGCACUGUCGUAGACUGAAACUUGAUUCUAAACCUGGCAUUUGGAAAGUCUACGUUUGUUGGUAAUUUCUUAUUAAUUUAGAUUAAAUCGCCCAUCUAGCAAACGUUUUAUCUCGGCGUUACGUCCUGUGAGGAGGGGCCGAGGGCCCCUGGUCUGCCCAGCCUGGCCAAGAGGCUGAGGGGGACCUGGCGGCUCCCCGCAGCUCCCUGAGGCGGGCAGCGGGGCCGCCCUCCUCCCGCCCUUUCUCCGCCCGCUUUCCUGCCCUAGUCCGGCGGCGGGGCCGGGCUGGGGAGCGGCCCUGAGGGGCAGGGCGGGCGCGGCGGCCCCGCCGGGGCUCGACGCGUUCGGAGCGCGGCCGAGCGAGCGCUCGGGAGCGGCUGGAGCCGCCUGCGCCGGGGCGGGCCGGGGCGGGGAGGCGCCGCCAUGUACGGGCUGGCGCGGGCCCUGCGGCGGGCGGCGGCCCCCGGGCGGCUGGCGGCGGCCGGGCGAGGGGGCGGCGGCGCCGGGGGACGGCCCUGGGGCUGGGGGCUGGCGCUGGGGUUGGCGCUAGGGGUGAAGGUGCCGGCGGGGUGCGAGGCCGGCGGCGGGCAGGAGGAGGAGGAGGCGAUGCCGGCGUCGUCCCCUCGGGGCUUCGGCGCGGCCAUCGAGAGGAGCCGAGACCUGCUGCGGAGGAUCAAGGAUGAAGCAGGAAUCCCAGGUAUACUGGUUGGAGUCUCUGUAGAUGGCAAGGAAGUCUGGUCAGAAGGUUUGGGUUAUGCUGAUGUGGAGAAUCGUGUUUUAUGUAAGCCAGAGACGAUCAUGCGAAUUGCUAGUAUUAGCAAGUGUCUUACCAUGAUGGCCAUUGCUAAAUUGUGGGAAGAGGGGAAACUGGACCUAGAUGCUCCAGUGCAGAAAUACGUCCCUGAAUUUCCAGAAAAGGUCUACGAGGGUGAAAAGGUCACUAUUACUACAAGACUGUUAGUUUCACACCUGAGUGGGAUUCGUCACUAUGAAAAAGAUAUUGCAAAAGUAAAGGAAGAAAAGGAAAAGGCAAACAGAGCAUUGAAACUAACAAAACCCAAUCAGGAUAAAGAACAAAAAGAGAAGGAUGGUAAAGGCAUUGAAAAAACUGAUUCUGUCAAACCAAAGAAAGAACAUGAAGGUGAAGUAAAAAGCCGAAAUUCAAAACCUGGCAAGAGAGACAAGGAAUUUGAGCAAGAAGAGUAUUAUUUGAAGGAAAAAUUUGAAAGUGUGAUCGAAUCACUGAAAAUAUUUAAAAAUGAUCCUUUAUUCUUCAAACCAGGUAGUCAGUUCUUGUAUUCAACAUAUGGCUUCACCCUCUUAAGUGCUGUUGUGGAGAGAGUUUCGGGACAAAAAUUUACAGAUUAUAUGCUAAAAAUGUUUCGUGACUUGGAUAUGCUGUCAACUGUACUAGAUGACAAUGAAGCAAUGAUAUAUAACAGAGCAAGGUGUUACGUUUACAACAAAAAAGGACGUCUGGUAAACGCACCGUAUGUGGACAACUCCUACAAAUGGGCUGGUGGAGGCUUUCUGUCAUCAGUAGGUGACCUUCUGAAAUUUGGAAAUGCCAUGUUGUACAGUUACCAAGUUGGACAAUUUAAAAACAGUGGUGGCAAACUUCUUCCUGGGUACCUCAAACCAGACACAGUCGCAAUGAUGUGGACCCCAGUGCCAAAAACUGAAGUGUCAUGGGACAGGGAUGGUAAAUAUGCAAUGGCUUGGGCUGUAGUAGAGAAAAAGCAACAAUAUGGAUUUUGCAGACAGCAGAGACACUAUGCAUCUCAUACAGGUGGUGCAGUGGGGGCAAGUAGCGUCCUCCUGAUUCUUCCUGAAGAUCUGGACUCCAAAGCCAUAGACACUGCACUAGUGGCACCACCUAGAGGAGUGAUUGUUAGUAUUAUUUGUAAUAUGCAGUCAGUUUCCCUCAACAGCACUGCCUUAAAGAUCGCAAGGGAAUUUGAUAAAGAAAAACGGGCACAAUACAUAGAUUAAAAAAAAAUAAAAAUGUGUAACUGAACUCACUGUACUGAAACAUAGAAAAUGGAGAAGGAGAUCAAAUUAGACUCUGAGAUAUGUAAGAAUACAUGAGGAAAAAGUAUCAACAGUACACUUAAGUGUGGCAGCACUAACAGAACUUAAGCGUAGCUGGAAUUCAUCUCUCAGGGAAGUUCCUAACCGAUAGAAAAGAAAAAUGUAACAGUCAAAUUUGACUUCCUGCAUUACCUGUGUAAAUUAUUACUUCAGUAGCAGGUUUUCUUUCCUCAUCUAGUUAAGUACUUAACAAAGAUUAAAAAAGAAAACAAAAAAAGGAUUUGUUUCUUGUACUGAAUACAACAAAAAAUUAUCUACCUUAAAUGUUAAAGCUUUUGAACAACUUGCACAUCUUGAUUUGGGCACGUAAAGACUGAAUUUGUUACUUUCAAAGUUAAGAUCUGCCAGACCUGUUCACCAUUGCUUCAAAAUGGUUUUACUGUUGACUUUUGUACUUUUACAUACAGCUUUUCUUAUUUGUCUGAAAAGCAAAAAACAAAGCUACCUCCAGAAUGAAGAAGUACCAGAAGUACGCUUUAGUCAGAGUUAUAGAUUGCAAAGAAUUAGGAAAUGAGCCUAGAAUAAUGUGUGUAAAUCAUUUGUUAUUUGGAUGUUCUCACUUCCAUUUUUAUUACACAGAGAACAUGAGAUUAUUGUACCAUGGAAAUAAGGGUAUUAUUUCACAGUUGAAUAUGCCCAAAUAGCACAAUAUGAUGAGCUGUCAGUCCCAUUAUUACUGGAUGAUACACAUGCUAACUUCGGUAGUAGAAAUGGUAGCUAAUAGCUGGAAAUGGCACUAUGUUCUGGAACAUAGAUAUUCCUUCAGAUACAGGAAUAAGGAACUAAAAUCAGUAAAAUUUAAAGCCCAGUCUUGAAGCCAGUAGUAGAAGUCUUGAAGGUUUUUUUUGAGAUUUUGUAAUUUUUUUUUUCUCCAUUUUGAAGACCUGCCUCAAGGAGUUACUUUUAUACAAAGCUGAACAAGAAGUUGUUGUAGACUUCCAGAUAAGUAUUAUCUAACUUUUUUUUUUUUUGAGAGAUACAGUAAUAGCUGAUUAUAUUAAUUUUAUAUAUUCCAUAAUGGCAUGGAAGAUCUCCAUAAUUGCCAAGGCUUUGUUGCUUAUUCUACUUCCCUUGUGGUUACAUCAGACAUUAUUUCCAGGUUGAGACAAAACAAAGCAUUGUUAAGAAAAGGUUUGAAUACUUACAUCUCUGCACCAUUUAGCAGCUCUGCUUUGCUGAAUAGAAGGAGACAGAUGUCUUGGAUAACAAUUGAAAUAAGGUAGCUUGGGAAAGAUGCAGGUAUGACUAUGCUUUGGCAUUAACUUUGUAGUUGAUGCCUGCUAUUUGAUGAAACACCAUGUUGUCAGCUCUGUUCUCUGUAGGCCUGUGAUUAUUUCUUUUUGGCUAAGACAGACAAACCAAGAAAUGUAUUAUUUUGAGGUGUCAGUGCUCUACCUGCAUUUUUAAUUGACAAUAGGGCUCUUCAAAAUUUUAAUUGUUCUUGUACCUUAAAACAGUAAAAAAGGUACACCCGAACUAUUUGUUUUUUCUAGCCCACCAAAAUUUUACUUUUGUAUUUAUGAAUCAUUGGUUGUCUUGGUAUCUCAAGAAUAUCAAAUCAGUAAAGACAGGCUAGGUAAACCUUUCUCAAUAAAAUUGCCUUUGGUGAUGCAAUGUAUUCAAUUACUCCCAUUUGAAUCUUUGAUAUUGUUUGAGAGUUCAAUACUGGAGAUACUCAUCUUCAAUGGCAGCAUUUUUUUUCCAGUCUUCAGCACCGACUAGCUGUGUAAAUGUGCAGCAGCAGAAGUCAUUGCCCAUUUUACACAGGGAACAAGAUUAAGUAGUUCUGAGUUUCCAUGUUCAAGAAUACCUGAACAGAAGUUGACCGAACACAAUAUUUUAAAUAUAGAAACUCUGAAAAGCAACGCUGCUACUCCAGGUUCCAUUGUACUUUAGCAGACUUUUCUUGUACGAUGAAUUUAUUUUGCAAGUAGUAGUUAUUCUCAAAAGCUUUGUGUACUUCAGAAGCAACAAAGUUCACUUACUGGCCAUUCUGACUGGGUUUAGACAAAAAAUGAGCAUGUAGAAGGUAUAAGUCUAUUAUUAUGCUUGUCUACAUAUGACUGAACAGUAAUGAAUGCAAAUGUUUGAAGUAUCUAAGAAAGUGAGUAGCGCUAAGAAGUGUUUUAAGAUACUUGUAACACUAAGAUACUAACAGUCUCUCGUUCCCAUCACAGAAUAUGUUUAGCCACCAAUUUCUUAUAUGCGAAGACCACGUUGUUUUUAUCUCCUGUAACUUAAGGCUUUAAAAGCCUAUUAUCGUAUCUACAGUACUGGAAAUGUUAUGGAGUCUACAUUUCAUCUUCUAACACCUGUAGCAAAAUGGGUCAGUAACUUUCUCUAAUGUGGUACUUCAUCAUAAAUCUUAAGUUCUUAUAUGUUGGGGUCAGGGUGGGAAGAGAAAGCAGGUACGUGUGACUAGAAAUCAGUUUGACUGUUAGCAUGUGUAGUCAGGUCACAAGUGAUUUAAUAUUGCUACUGUCAUCUUAGAUCUGAAACCAGUUAUUUGAUAAACAAGCAAGAAAUGGGGGAAACUGGUAAAUUAAGAGCAACUUAGGUGACUCACAUGCUCUUAAAUUAACUUUUGUUGUGAAAACAGUGUGGUGCUGACAUAAAAGUGUACUUCUUUUAAAGGCAUGUGUACAAAAUUGGUGCAUCUAUUUCUGUAUCAAACACCUACUUUUUGCAUUGGUAAUUAUCAGUGUUCGCUAUGUGAAUUAACUGAAAUAAAACAUGUUGCAAACGCACUGAAUUACAA